AUGGAUCUAUUCUACGCCCAUUUUCUGCUUUUCUGCCUAUGUCUUGCCUCUGUCGCCCGCUCUCAGUCGGUAACAUCGACCUCGACGACCUCGACUCCGACCUCAACUAAGACCACGACUGCCUCCACUUCCAUUGAACCAUGUGCUCAAGUUAGCAGUCGGAUCAGUUCUUCGCUGGCAGCCGAUGCUUCUGCCACAUCGUUUCACCUCCCUCCUCAGCUGGCGCGGGAUUGCAGUCUUUCGGUUCCCAUUGUCAAACAAGAUGCAUUGGAUUUGGUCGACAGUCUCUCGGCAUGGCUGGAAUCGCAAUCAACGCUGGCAUAUUUGAAAAAUCCUCCCCAAGGAUACCUCAUGAACAGCGUAGAUCUACUGGGUGGCUUGGAGGACAUUCGCAACAAAGUCAGCAAUGGCUCAUAUAGCGGAGAGGUCCCAUUUCAGAAUGAGAUAGCCAACCUGGUUGCAUCUGCUCAUGACGGUCACCUGGCAUUCAUCCCUGAUACCACCUUCAUCUUCCUCUAUGAGAGAACGAUUGGCAAUCUUCUCUCUGUCUCGUUGGAUGGCAAUUCCCUGCCUGAGAUUUAUUCCUACAACGACCUAGCAUUGGCACACAAUACCACUCUGAGUUGGAAGCCAUCUCCCCUCAGAAUCAUUGAUGGCCAAGACGUGCUUUCGUGGCUGAGAUAUCAAGCCCUCAAUACAACUGCUGAGAACCAAGACCCCGAUGCAGCCUGGAAUGCCAUGUUCUAUGAGCUGGUCAGUCCGGUCGGCACGUUCCCGUUUGUAGUCAACGGAUUUCCAGGCACAUCCAACAAUGUCACAUUUGCCAAUGGGACAAGCCGUGUUUUCCCCAUCAUUGCCUCGACCGACCAGGAUUUCACGAAUGUGACGGACGGAAAGUCGUUCUAUCAGGCAUUUUGCAACGCCACGGUCAAAAUGGACCUUGCAUCAGCAUCAGCGGCUGCAACUGCGACCACAGUUGCGUCGUCUUCGUCUUCAUCGUCGACGUCCACACGCACACCUCAGCCCUCGGGAUCGAACCCCGACUUCUCGAAACCAGGCUUUCCCAGCCCCGUCGUCUCGGACGGUGACAGUACCCUGGCUGGAUAUUUCCUCAAUGCACCGGGAUACGAGGGUACCGCUGUCCUGUCAGUGUUUAGUUUCGAUCCCGCCGAUACCCAGUCAUUCAUCGACGCCCUGACCUUCUUUUUGGACGAGUGUCGCCGAGAGAAUAAGACUCAUUUGGUCAUUGACGUGUCCGGCAACGGAGGAGGUAACAUCCUGCUUGCGUUUGAGACGUUCAAACAGCUGUUCCCCAGCGUGGACCCAUACCUCACAUCGUCACGACGAGCGAAUUCUCAGUUGGAGGUGUUGACCAAAUUCUUUUCCACCUUUUCCACCAUGACACGAGAGAACGUGACGGCGUUCCUCGAUGCCGGCGGUGACAGCGAUUACGAUGCGACAUCUCUGGACAACUCUGCCGGGCAGGCAUACGCGACGUGGAAGGAUUAUUGGCACCCAUUCGAGGUGCACAACGACAGCUUCACCCCCUUGGCGCGGUACAACCUGUCCAAUGUGCUGGGGUCAGAAGUUUCCGACGGCCUCGUGGUGUCCGGCUAUGGGAACAACACGGGAUCCUUGUCACCGCGACAGCCAUUUCCAUCCGAGAACGUGAUCGUCGUCACCGACGGACAAUGUGCUUCGAGUUGCCACUCUUUCAGCCACAUGCUCAAGUGGCAAGGCAAAGUCAAGACCGUGGCGGUGGGAGGGAGACCGCAGACAGGCCCCAUGCAAUAUGUCGGAGGGGUCAAGGGGAGCGAAGUGACCUAUCUCGCCGACGUUUUGCAAUACAUCGACCAAUUCUACACCACGGUCACCGAUCACGACACCAUCAAACAAGCCAAUCGCACUGGCCUGAAGACGUUGCAGGACUUGGGCAACUACUUGCUGUAUCGCACCGUGGAGCCACAGACAUCAUCGUACGCGUCCAUCAACUUCAACAACUUCAUCAGCCAAUAUGACUGGUCGUAUACCCCUCUGCAGUUCGUUUAUGAGGCCGCCGACUGCCGGGUCUGGUAUUCUCUGGACAUGGUCUUUGAUAUCACUGCCGUCUGGAAACGUGCGGCCCAGGAAGCGUUUGCCAUAGGACCAAAUUCUACCCAUGUGUUUGCUGGCUGUAUCCAGGGAAGUACAAAUGCGUCGAGCAGUCUCAGUGGGAACGUGACAUUGUUCAACAGUGGAAAGGUGGCGAAUGUCACGACAUUUGUUCCGAGCACCUUCACCAAGGAUGCCAAUCAGACUGAAUCGAAGAGGAGCGCACCUGUUGGCCGUUAUCGGCGAUGGUUUGGGAGUUUUGGUUAG